AUGGCGGAGUUAACCCGUCAGAAUCAAGAAUUGACCAGGGAGAUUAAUUUGAAGAAGCAACGCUAUGAGGGGUACACUGAAGGUCAAGCCCAAAAUCAGGAAGAUAGGGAAAAUGCUGAACCUGAAAGUCAAUCAAGGGGUAUCAUGUCUAGAAGGGUGCCACAAUUGGAGAAGGAAAUGGACCAAAUGAGGAAGGUUAUGGCGGAGAUGAGGAAGAACAUGAGAAGGGCAAAUCUAGUGGAGGAUCUAGUCCAUCGAACAGAUUCACCUUUCAUGGCUUCCAUCAACGGUCACCCCUUGCCUUCGAAGUUCAAGAUGCCUUCAUUGGAUUCGUACGAUGGAGCACAUGACCCAUUUGAUCAUAUAGCCACUUUCAAGACUACCAUGCACCUUCAAGGAGUUCCGGAUGAGAUUAUGUGUAAAGCCUUCCCUACCACUCUCAAAGGACUAGUGCGAGUGUGGUUCAGCAAAAUACCCUCGAAUACAGUGAGUUCUUUUGAAGAAUUGAAACAAGGAGAGAAUGAAAGCUUGUGCUCUUUCAUCACUCGUUUUAACAAGGAAGCCCUAACCGUGGACGAGGUGGAUGACAAGCUACUCUUAGCGGCCUUCCAUAAUGGGGUUAAUUCUGAUUUAUUCAUCCACAAGCUAUAUGAGAAGGAGCCUCAAUUCAUGGUUGAACUUGUUCAUUUGGCCCAAAACUUUAUGAAUGCAGAGGACGCAAUCAUAACCAAGAAGAGGAAGAGAGCUAAAAGAAUGGAAGCACACCCCACACGCCACUCGGAGUAA